UGUGUUCCAGUUAUGUACUUGGUAAGUAUUUUUGCGUUUUUAAAAGAAAAUGUAUGGAUUAUUUUUACCAAACUAAAACUUUUGCAACGGAUGCUUCAUCACUAAAAAUCAGCAUUAUCAUGGAUCCUUUCUUAGUCUUCGGUCUUUUGCAAAUCACAGUCGCAUACCCUCUGAAAAACACGGAUGCUGAUUCAGAAGAACACCUUGAAUUGCUGGUGUGAGUGUGAGAAGAGGCAUCAGCAGUCUAAGAUGGCUACUACAAUUUUCACUCCAUGGAAAGUCUGCUCAGUGUUUUGCAGUGCCAUGCAUGCUCUGUGACAUGGCAUACACCUACACUGCCUCAACCAACUGAAAAUCAACAAAACCAUGGAGAUGCUGAGAGCGAUGCUUGAAGAAGUUGAAGAAGUAAAGGUCAUCUGGUGUGAAGCUUCUAGAUAUCACCUGCUGGCUGCAGAGUGGGUGGAUUCAGCUUCCUUCUGGAGCCUGGAUACAUCACUUGAAGAAGGUCUUGCUUUCUGCUGCAUCCUAAAGACAACAUGGAAGGGGAGAGUAUCUAUGAGUUUGAUUCUGGAGAUGGACUGGGAGCUGAUAUUAUUUCUACAGUUGAGUUCAACCACACUGGAGAACUGCUGGCUACUGGUGACAAGGGGGGUCGGGUUGUUAUAUUCCAAAGGGAACCUGAGAGUAAAAAUGAGCCUUACAAUCAGGGGGAGUACAAUGUUUACAGCACUUUCCAGAGCCACGAACCUGAAUUUGAUUAUUUGAAGAGCUUGGAGAUAGAAGAAAAAAUAAACAAGAUCAAGUGGUUACCACAGCAAAAUGCAGCUCACUCACUUUUAUCCACAAAUGACAAAACAAUCAAGUUAUGGAAAAUUACUGAAAGAGAUAAGAGACCGGAGGGGUACAACUUAAAAGAUGAAGAAGGAAAGCUUAAAGAUCUUUCUACAGUAACAUCACUGCAGGUGCCUGUAUUGAAACCUAUGGAUUUGAUGGUAGAAGUCACUCCCCGGAGAAUCUUUGCUAAUGGUCACACCUAUCAUGUCAACUCAAUAUCCGUCAACAGUGACUGUGAGACAUACAUGUCAGCGGAUGAUCUCAGGAUUAACCUCUGGCAUUUAGCAAUCACAGAUAGGAGCUUCAACAUUGUAGAUAUAAAGCCAGCCAAUAUGGAGGACCUGACGGAAGUGAUUACAGCCUCUGAAUUUCAUCCUCACCACUGCAAUCUCUUUGUCUACAGCAGCAGCAAAGGAUCCCUGAGACUCUGCGACAUGAGGGCAUCAGCUCUCUGUGACAAACAUUCCAAGCUUUAUGAAGAACCAGAAGACCCCAGUAACAGAUCAUUUUUUUCAGAAAUUAUCUCUUCAGUGUCUGAUGUCAAAUUCAGUCACAGCGGUAGAUACAUGCUAACAAGAGAUUACCUCACUGUCAAGGUUUGGGAUCUGAACAUGGAAACAAAGCCUGUAGAAACAUACCAGGUCCAUGAUUACCUUAGAAGCAAGUUGUGUUCCCUCUAUGAAAAUGACUGCAUCUUUGACAAGUUUGAGUGUGCAUGGAAUGGAUCAGACAGUGUGAUAAUGACAGGUGCAUAUAACAACUUUUUUCGAAUGUUUGACCGAAAUACCAAGCGGGAUGUUACCUUGGAGGCAUCCCGAGAGAGCAGUAAACCACGAGCUAUUCUUAAGCCUCGGAGAGUCUGCGUUGGAGGCAAACGGAGGAAAGAUGACAUCAGUGUUGACAGUUUGGACUUUACUAAGAAGAUCUUGCACACAGCGUGGCACCCAACUGAGAACAUCAUUGCUAUAGCAGCGACAAACAAUCUGUACAUAUUUCAGGAUAAAGUGAACUCAGAAAUGCACUAGAUUUAUCAAUAUCCCUCUAUAUUUACAAACCAGCCUCUUGAGAGUUGUAGAAGGAUGUGAUCUUCGCAAAAAUUGUGGCUUCUGUGGUGGGAUUGUAGGUUGCAUCCUUUCAUCCCUCAGCCUGUAUCAUUAUUGGUGGCAAGCCAACUAUUUUCCAUCACUGCAACUGUAUGAGUAAAAGGCACGACUGCAAAUCCAGUACUGUGGUCUGUAUUGGUUCCUUUAAACAAACAGGGGUAUUUAUUCACCUUGGCAGCGUUCCUGAGAAGGGCUGAGACUCCUCAGCUCCCAGCAGUCUGUUGGAGGGUUUCAGUGGUUCACAGGACCGUGCUGUUCUGGUGCACUGCCUACUUUUGCAGCGUACAGCAUUUACCACAUUGUUAGAGCUUUUUUGCCUCAAUCUCCUCACUUUUUCUAUUGCAGUAACAUUUUCCUGUCUUUCAACUAAGCUGAGCCUGUUUUGAGUGAAUGAAUAGCCACAUCCCUUUAGAGCAUGUGGCACAUCAGAGGGGCCUCAUGGCAGUUAGAACUGGAUGCAGAAGCCCUGCUGGUGAAAAGCUCCCCUGUAUCACCCAUCCCUAUGCUUUCCUUACAACACCUUCUUAUUUAUUUAUUUAUCCACAUCACUAACUUGGUCCUCCAGCUUCCCGAGUGAAUAAGUGACAGGCUGGAAUAUUUACUCAACCAGCUUAUUUUAAGAAGUUCAUUCUCCAUAGAUCUCUUUGCUCUGUUUAAGACAAUAACUAGUAUCUUCAUCACAUGGAGGACUAUUAAAAAAACUGGUAUUGCCACUCCAGAGGGGCUGUCUGGUCAGAAACAGCCUGGCAGUUAACACACAAACCCAUCCUACUGUUUGGGGAUUGGAGUUCUGGAAACCUUGGCUAGAAGUGCUGUCCUUGAAGGGAAUGGUUGACUCCAGUGGCAACACAGUCACAUCACUGCUAGACACUUCGUAAAGUCCCUUGUUUGCUUACUGCAGCAUGGCUAUUUUAAUCCUGGCAUUGGGGGAAAACAGACAAUGCCGAGGUGUGUGUAAUAGUAAAAGAAUGGUACUGGGAGAUGUAGCACUGCUAAGUCAAUUUCAAUGUUUUAAAUAAGUUCACUGCUGGGCAACAAAAUUAUUCCUGGAGAAAUAUGAGAAACCAAAAGCUUCUUCCACAUAAAUGCCUUUAGAUCUAUCUCUGUUUUCAAGUGAAUAGUGAGGUACAUGGAAAAUGAAGGUACAUACAAUCCAUGUAUCACAUGUAGGAAUUAUUCAGGAAUGGUGCAGUGGGCAGGGAAUCCUCUUGAUCUAGGAAAAGAAAGUUCUGCUGCCUUCCUAAUAGCUCUGGCAGAAAAAUUAAUAUCCCAAAGGAUUUCUCCUCAGACCACGAAUAAAAGAGCACAACUCAGAUGACCUGUUGAUCUGCCCAUAUUAAAACUCCUCAGAGAAAGAAGGUCUUUAAGCCAUUAUGCACUGAUUUCUUGAUAAGUGGAGAAUGUACUGAUGAAGGGAUCUGCACACUUUUAUAUUUUGGUUUGGGAGAAAGGGUGAGUGAAAAUCUGCUUACAAGAACUAAGAAACAAAGUCUACAGCUUUUAUAUGACAUCUUAGCAUGACACAUGAAAUCUGUACUUUUGAAGUUUUCUAGAUCAAUGCUGUAUAUUAUGUGUGUAGAAGCACAAACGCAUGUGCAUCAGUUUCCAGCCACACUAAACACGAACGGUAUGAAACGUGUAGGUUAAUUUUAAAGGGAAUGAGGAAUGUCUGUUUAUAAUAUACUGUUUGCUGUAGCAGGCGUGGACAGUAUAUGUACAUAUUUAUUCUAAGGAAAUUUAACAAAAUUGCUUUCCUUUCUUUUUUUCCUUGUAAAAAGGUUUAAGAAUGUGGUAAAUUGUAUAGAAAACUUGUUAAUGUCAACCUACUGCUUCAAGGGUGUCAUAGAAUUUCUUUGACUUUUGGCCUCCUCCAUUAACCUUUGCAGCUAAAAAAGAAAAAAAAUGCUAUCAGCUUAUAUUGGCAUUUACAGCUAGAAAUACUGAAAAACAUAUAUUUAGCUUUUAACAUUCUCAAGUAAGAUUCUAUAGAUAACUUAUUAUAAAGCAGAUCUUAGUACAAGAAUUUUUUGUUUUUAAUUUGAAGUACCUUACUGUGUUACAGCUUUGGGUACCAAAAAGAACAUGUUAAAAUUAAAUGAAGAAAUAUAUCGUUGGAGCUUUAUAAAACUAAUGAAAUACCCAACCAAAAUACCAUGAAGGAAACAA